CCUCUUGUCGGUCGGAGCUCCUGCGGCACUGAGUCACGCGCCCGCCGAAAACCGAGAACGACCCGACGCACAAUCCGAGUGUUGAGUUCAACGCGUACUUCGAGUCGGAGCUUGACCCCGCAAGUGUUCCCAGUUAAACGCGUGCUCCGAGCCGGGGCCCAAAAAAGUCGAUUAAUCUUGUUUAAUAUAAUAUACAUACAUAAAUCUUGUUAUACAUAUAAUUAUAUAUAGAAUAGAUGUAGUUUCAAAUAGAUUCUUGGUAAAGUAAAGGGGUUCGAGCCGCUAUCGGUGCAAGUUUAUCUGUGACAGUGAGAAAAUGAGUUCGAUAAUGGGAAGGAAUCUCCUGACGGUUGAUAAUGAAGUCUUCAGGUGUUUCACCUUUUACUCGUGCCUUUUGUUUUUGAAGGUGUUCGCUGUGGCUGUCUUCACACCCAUUCAGAGGUUCCGCAAGAAGGCAUUUAUUAGUCCUGAGGACACAAAGCUUGCUGAGGGCUCUGAGGUCCGCGAGGAUCCUGAUGUAGAGAGAGUUCGAAGGGCUCAUCUCAACGACCUGGAAAACAUUCCGAUUUUCUUCAUGUCCAGUCUCCUUUUUGUUUCAAUUGAUCCUCACGUCAUGUUAGCCAAAUGGCUGUUUCGGAUCUACACCAUAGCCCGAUACCUCCACACACUCGUCUACCUCCUCACGAUACCGCAGCCUGCCAGAGCUUUAUGCUUUGCCGUUGGAAUCACCUGUAACUUCAUUAUUCUUGCCUAUGUUGUCUACAAUAGUUUCUCAAUUUAAUGGAACUCGAGUUACAAAUCCUCUAACUUUAGGGUUGUUGAUUCAAGAAAAAAUAAUUUAAGAGAUGGAGUAGUUAAUACGAUGAACAGGAAAUUUUAAGCAAUUUAUGAUGAUGACUCCAGAUUCACUACAAUCCCAAUGAACAUAUGAUGCUGGAGAAAAAAUACUCAAACGUCACCGAAUGGCAAAAUGAGACAAACAGCAAGAUGUGAUGAAACCGAAAAUACUAGUCAAACUAAAAUUAUUAUGUAACGUUUGAAACUAUUACCUUCGUUUAAGAUUUAAGAGUUAACAGUCUUUCUUCUGGUUGAUCAAAUGCUAUAAAGUUGGGUUUCCAGGAUCUUAAUCGACCCUCACUUCAUACGACUCUUAAAAGAAUCUUCAGAAUUGACAACUUCAGGCAAUCAAAACAAUUUGCUCCUUCAGGCCCUCAAUCACGAUUUCCUUAAUUUUUUUCUCUACCAUUUUUGUGGUUUUUAAAUUGUAGUUUCCCUAUCUAUUCCACAAUUCCCACCGUUUACUCGUUACCAAUUAAAAUAUCAAGGAAAAAAAGAAUCUCCUGAGAACGAAGAAGUAAUGUCGUAAUUAUUGUUUUGUGCCGUAAUAUGAGGGUUUAGUGCACAUUUAAUACUUAGCAUUUUUAGCCAUUGUCUGACCAUAAGAGAUCCACACAACAAGGAGGAUGCUAAAUUUCCAAUUAUAUUAAAUAUUUGUCAACAGAGAAAACUGGGCAACAUUGCAGUUAGGGUUUUCCUGUUUUGUAGGGGGAAUUCCCUUAAAAUGUUCAGAAAGAGUUUUACUUUUGGAAAAAUAAUACAAAGAUAAAAACUUUGAGAUGUUUCAAUGGA